AUGGCUCCUGCACUGACCUUGUGUGACCUCUGUUCGGCAGGUGCGUUCAGCUUCGUCGUGAGUUCCCGGGGCAACCCGCAGCUUGUCUUCAACGACUACCUGUUCAAGUCGGAGUGCCUGGCCAGCGACAUCGGCCAGCGCAAGUUCUGGCGAUGCAUAGACUGCAACAAGACCCGGUGCCACGCCCGCAUCAUCACCCACGGACAUCUUCUCGAGGCGCGCAAUGAGGAACACAACCACCCGCCCCACACUGAAAUAAUCGAGCGAAAGCCAGUUUGGAACAGACUGAACCAAUUUAGCGAUGUUCAUCCCCACUCACGCAGUACGUCGACUGUGUUCGCAGAUGGCGUGCACUUUGUGCCGAGUUCCAGGGGCAACCGGCAGCUUGUGCACGACAACUACCUGUUCAAGCUGGUGAAAGUGUCGAAGGGCGGCGAGCGGCAGACCUGGCGCUGCGUCUCCUGCAACAAGACCAAGUGCCGCGCCCGCGUCGUCACCGAGGGCCACGUGUUCGAGAUACGCUGCUCGGAGCACAACCACGCGCCGCACACGCAGCUGAUCGAGAGGAACCGCAUGUGGAACGUACUGCGUCACAGCUUCCCGCCGGCCAAGCCAAACAGUGCGUGAACACUGCAGGGUGGUCGCGUUCUGGGGUGGAAGCAAACACUCCACAGACCAACAAGGACAGCUUACGCCCGGCACUGUUUUCAACACCGAGCCAGUCGUUGGCAGAACAUUUGUCCACCGUAAUACUGUACAUAAUGCAUUUAUCUUUUUGAAUAGAAGAUACCAACAUUUAGAAAAUGAAUAUCUUUUGUUUCCUCUCCCAGUGAAAUAUGUUUUUUUUUUAUUAAUGGCCAAAUGUACUAAACUUAAUGAACUUUUACUAUGUCAAAGGUGAGAGUGUUAACUGUAUAUCACAGUAUAAGAAUACAUACAAUUAAGGAUAAUAUGGUUCAAAAGUAGUUGCAGUUUACACCUCUUGAGUCUUGUUAGUUUUUCACAGUCUUGUCUAUGUUAUUAGCAUAGAGCUAGCUGGUAUACUGUUCUCUAGCAUGUUUGAUGGAAGAACACUGCUCAUGGGAUAUCUGAAAGCCUGGUGUCUGAUGAAUUUUUUUUAUUCUACAUCAAGUGCAGCUAAGUCCAGUCGAGGCUCGUAUUUUCUGCCUAGCAUCCAUGUCUCCAAGCAUUUCAAACAAAAAUGUUUACUAAAGGUAUAACGUUGCAUUUGUACAAUGGCAGGUUCAUAAUUCGGCAAACUUUUAGUUAUCCAAUGCACAGUGUAGCACAGAUGUAUGACGGGCGUCAUCUUGAGUUAAGGUUAGACCAUAUCCAAACAUAUCGCGCAGUAAAACCCCGGAGUGCGCAACGACGUACAGAACUCAAGCCAACCUGGUGGCCAUCCUAAGCAGGCGUAUGAAAAUGAUCAAACAGACCUUUUGAGAAUAAGUUUGAAUCAUGCCUCGGUGGAAUGCCAGAAUAAUGUUACAAUUUUUUUACCUGGCUAGUUAGUGUGAGUGUUUGUUGGUUUCAUUGCAGUUUAAGGGGUAAUGUUUUGUUAUUGUUUUUUUUUUUAAAUUUUAUUUUUCGUGUAAUGUGUGGUAUGUACUUAGCAUGAAUAUUAUUUUUCCUGUUUUAUAGCAAAUAGUACAGUAGAGCCCUGUUGAAAUGUUACUGGUUACAGCAAUUUUUCUUUUCUUUUCAAAUCUUUCUAUUUCAGGAUGGGCGUGAACUUCUUGUGAAUAACAUUUCAUUUCUUAACGUUUGAUGUUCAUUUCAUACCUACAUUCUAUCAGCCCUAAAACUGUGAGCUCAUACAAUUUUUUUACACAGUGACAUUCAUGCAGUAAUUAUCAUCUAUUUAUAGCCAAUUAAUUAGGUGAGCCAGGGUUUGACAAACUGACUUAACAUUUUGAGGUGAAGAACCCAAUCUCUCAGAACACUCUUCAAGCAUUGCUUGAUUAUAUAGUUAGUUCCCAAACAUGGUGGCUAGAUGAAUGUGACAAUAAAUCACUAUAUAAAAAUCGAUUUUUUUUUAAAAAUAUUAUUAAAAUGAGAUAUCUGUACAAACAAUAACCAUUUUCUUACUUACACUAGUCUCCUGAAGGUGUAGUUGUUGCAAUCCAUAACAUCUUCACAGCAGUAUAUUACAUUCUAGUCCUGUUGCCAUAUGGAAAAAUAUUAAAUGGGUUCAAUGUUACCAGUAAUAUGCCUCUAAAAAGGCAAAGUGAUGGGAUGAGGUUUGAAAGCCGUAAUGAUCUCAUAUCAUUUGAAGACCCUUUGUUUGCUGUCCUCGCAUACGUAAGGUUUUAUAUGUUGCGACUCCAAACAUGUUUUAACAGAGGUGUGUUGUUCACUAUGAAAGACAGUAUCUGCCACCUUGGAUUGUCAACAAUACCUGGAAAUUGCUUGUACAGAUUUUGUUUUACAUCUCAUAGCUCAACUUGGUAUCAAGUAUAGCAUGCAGCACUGAUUGAAGUCAGUGUUCUUGGAAUAGUGCAACUAUUUUUACAUUUAAAGUCAACAGCACAUCAACUUGGCAAGUUUAGUCUAGAAAUCGUCUAUUUGUGUAAAACGUAUACGUAAGUUGGAGAAUCUAUUAUGUGUGCCUUGUCACACCAAACAUAUCCAUAACUGUAAAAAAAUAUAUAGAAAUUGCAGCAAAACUUUUAUUGAUCUGCAAUAUGAUUGAUCAGUUCCUUUAAAAGAAUAGUGUGUGAAUACUAUGAUUGAAAAUUAAAUUGGUGAGUUGCAAUUUUCUAUCAUUUUCUUACGUGUACGUCUCCUAUUGCCUGCUGUACAAAUAAGCUUGAAAAUCAUGCUCAU